AUGGAUGCGCAGCAGAAGAGGAACAUUGUCAUUGUUGGCGGCGGCAUCAUCGGAUGCACAACGGCCUAUUACCUCACACGCCAUCCCAACUUCAAUCCCGCCUUGCACACCGUCACACUCCUCGAAGCGACCGCCAUCGCCUCGGGCGCAUCAGGCAAAGCCGGCGGCCUGUUGGGGCUAUGGGCCUACCCGACCUGCCUCGUACCGCUAUCCUACCGUCUACACAGAGAACUCGCAGCCGAACACAAUGGGGCAAAGCGAUGGGGUUACCGCCGUCUUGGAUGUGGCAGCCUCGCUGCUGUAGUUAAAGCGUAUGAUCUACAACAGAGGUCAUCGAAACCCCCACCUCCAGCAGACAACGGUACCAAUGGCGACCUUCCUAUACCAAGCACCGUUUCAGACGAUACGACGAAGGAUUGGGAGAAACUCCCAAAGCAAGACGCCCGGGCAACAGAUUUACUACAAGACUCCCCAUUGCCCUCCGAUCUAGACUGGAUCGAUGGCAGGUUAGUCCAUCACUACGAAGAGAUGGGCUCCCCGGGGUCGACAGAAACAUCUCAAGUCCACCCCUUCUACUUCACCAACGCCAUGGCCGAUCUAGCAAAGGAGAAAGGGGCCGACAUCCGGCUGCGGGCUAGGGUCACCAAAAUCCACGACACGAGGAUAGCUGGCGUGCACAGCGUCGCCUAUGAGGACCGCGAUACAGGGGAAUUGCAUACCAUCACCGGCGUAACUGAUGUCAUCGUUGCGGCGGGGCCGUGGACGGGGAAGCUCAUCCCGCGGACGAGAAUCGAAGGUCUGCGUGCCCACAGCGUGGUCUUCGAAGCCGACGUCAGCCCCUACGCAGUUUUCACCGAUAUCCAAUUACCAACAGACUACACCCCCGACCACCGCGCCAACCAGGGCCAAAAACGGCGCCAUAAGGGGAAUGUCGACCCAGAGAUAUACGCCCGUCCGUUUGGGGAAGUGUACGCAUGUGGCGAAACCGACAAAACGAUCCCCCUGCCUGCCACCACCGACGAGGUUUCGGUCGACCAGUCCCAAUGCGACGACCUCGUCGCCUACAUCGCCACCGUCUCGCCUGCUCUAGCCGCUGCCCCAGUCAAGGCCCGCCAGGCCUGUUACCUGCCGCAGCACGUCCGAUUCGGCGAGCAGCGCGGCCCGCUGAUCGGCCCGACCUCGGUACCGGGCUUGUGGGUCGCCGCGGGGCAUACCUGCUGGGGGAUACAGAACGGCCCGGGGACGGGCUACCUCAUGGCGGGUAUGAUCUUUGGGGAUGAGACGGAUAAGGAGGUGGAGCGGCUGGAUCCGAGGAAGUUUAAGGUUUGA